AAUAGUAAAGUGAUGAUGGCACAUGUGGUAAUUAUAACAACAAGCGGGGGUAGUAGAGGUAAUUAUCACCGAUGGUCACUGAAAAGAAGAGAAAAAAAUAAAAAGAGAAAAUUUAAGCAGAGAGACAGAGUGUUUAAGGUGAACCUCUAUCUCUUUAUCCCAACAAAAUCACAACGAAAGAAAAAGGAAGAAGAAGAAGAAGAAGCAAUGGGCUUUCCAAUGGGGAGCUCUAGCUCUUGCUUUAUACAGCCUUCUCUCUCCUACCCUCUUUCCUCCUCUUCUUCUUCAUCUUCACGAUCCAUUUUUUUCUACUCUUCUUCCGCAAAAAAUGCUGAGCCCAGGAGAAGGGGCUCUGUCCCAAUGGCCUCCAUGAACCAAGACAAGUCAACUUAUGAUAGGUCUCCCUUGCAACGGAGGGCCAUUCUCUUUGUGGGUAUUUCAGUUCUUCCCUUGUUACAACUCAGGGCCAGAGCUCUUGACGGUUUGCCCACAAAAGAAACUGAGGUAAAGACAUCUGAGGGGAACCAAAUAGCAGAGGCAAUUCAAAAGGACUCUUCACCAAAUGCAUUUGCUUCUCUAUUGAAUGGUAUUGGAAUACUGAGUUCUGGUGUUCUUGGUGCUCUCUAUGCCUCAGCUCAGAAAGAAAAAACAGAAAAUAAUGCAACAGUGGAAGCUAUGAAGACCAAAAUAAAACAGAAGGAAUCUGCUAUCACCACAUUAGAGAAGAAUUUUGAAUCAAAGCUACUCACUGAACAGAAAGAGAGAACUGAGCAACUUAAAAAGGCGAAAGAAGAACAGAUGUCUCUUCAAGACCAACUAAAAUCGGCGAACAGUGUGGUUGCAGGAUUGGGAGUAGAGCUGAAUAAUGAGAAGAAAUUUGUAGAGGAGCUUAAAAUUCAGAUAAACAGUCUUGAAACUGAUCUUUCUAAAGUGACCCAAGAUAAGAAGAUCAUUGAAGAAGAUUUGAAGAAGAAGUUUGAGCUGAUUGAAGUCCUGGAAGGAAAAAUAAAUUUACUGAACAAUGAGUUGAAGGAAAAAGAAGGUAAUGUUCAAAAUCUCAGAUCCUCUCUUGCUGAUAAGGAGUUAGAGUUGAGCAACUUGAAAACUACCAAUGGGAAAAUAAACGAUGAACUAGCUAAUGCACGUUCGGAAAUCCAACAUUUGAAGGAUGAAAUUGUGAAAAAUCAAAAUGAAAUAGAGUUAAAGAACUCUGUUGCUGAGGAAUUGAAUGCAACUGUUAGUUCUUUAAGUACUGAAAAGGGUCUUCUUGAGAAGAAACUUGAUGCUAUUGAGAAGGAAUACAACGAUUUAAAGUUAUCAUCAGAAAAGAAGGCAGCCUUUGAUGCCAAGGUUUUGGGAGAAAAAGAAGAAGAGCUUCAGCUGGUAAAGGAGAAGCUUGCACUUGCUACAAGUGAGGUUAGUCAAAACCAGGAAAUAAUUGCUAAAUUGACCGAAGAGAAUGAAAAGUUGAAGAAAACGCUGGAUGAAGAAUCAAACAAGGCAAAUAAUCUGAAACAAGAACUCCAAGCCACGCACGAAAAUCUUGCAAAAUCAAGAGAUGAGGCGUCUGAUCUGGAAAAACAGUUAAUGAAGUCGAACAACUUAUGCAAGGAACUUGAAGCUGAGGUUUCUAGAGUUCAGGCUGAGUUUGCCAAAGUUAGAGAUUCAUUGCAAAGGAGUCUUGAUGAGGCUAAACAGAGUGGUGUGGAGUUAGCCGGUGAGCUAACUUCAGCGAAGGAACUUAUGAAGAAGACAAAAGAGGAGCUACAUAAUGUGUCUCUUGAACUUGCAGCUCUUGUUGAAGAUCGUAAUAGCCUGCAGCAAGAACUGGUUGAUGUCUACAAAAAGGCCGAAACUGCUGCCAGUGAUUUAAAAUUAGAGCAAAAAACAGUAGCCACUUUGAACAAAGAACUACAAGGCAUGGAGAAGCAAAUGGCAAAGGAUAAGGACUCUCGAAAAUCUCUUGAAACAGACUUAGAAGAGGCUAUCAAAUCACUUGAUGAGAUGAACCGAAAUGCAAUGACACUUUCUAGUGAUUUAGAGAGGGCUAACUCCCGAAUUUCUGAACUCGAAGAUGAAAAACAGGUGUUCUACAAGACCCUAACAGAACAAAAGAACGCGGCCAAAGAGGCCCGAGAAAACAUGGAAGAUGCCCAUAACAUGGUUAUGAGACUUGGGAGUGAAAGGGAGAGUUUGGAUAAGAAAGCAAAGAAACUUGAAGAGGAUCUAUCUUCAGCCAAGGGUGAAAUACUGAGGUUAAGGAGUCAAAUAAAUUCAUCAAAGGCUGUUGUAAAUAACAAGAAAGCUGUAACUGAAAACGAUGGAGCUGAAGAAAACAAAGACAAGGACAAAGAGAAAGAGAAAGUUAAAGUAACUGCUAAGAGAACUGUCCGAAGAAGAAAAGCUAGUUCAGAAUGAGAUUGCUUGCUUUUCAAGGCAUCUGACCAUUUUUUUUCAUCCAAAUAAGAGUUGUAAUGUAUAAAUUAGUGAGACUUUAUGACAUUAGUGAAAUAAAUACUAUUGUAUGAUAAUUCUUUUCAUAA